CUCACGAAUUUACGUGUACGUUCGAGGGGGAGCUUAACCUCCGUCGCUAUAGUAACCAGGAAGGUAACGUAAACGCGUCCGAGGUGUCGUGACUCGUAAGCGCGAACCCGGAGCGGACGGAGUCGGAGCUUUUUUUCCCUCUCCCCCGUGGAGCUCUUGAAUAAAAUAAAAUUUAAAGAAGAAAAUCGCAGUCGGAGUUUAAAUUCGGGAGACAAAAGUGUUUUUUUUACUCGGCCAGAGGAAUAAAACAGGAUUUCCGCUGUGAGGCGCGAACCGGUUGAAGCGCAGGGAAGGACCGAGGCGAUGAGAGACGGAGCGGAGUCGGUGAAUCGGUUGCGGAGUCGUUUGGUCUACAGUCUUCAUCCACUUAAAAAGGUUGUACAUGUUCUUCCUGCGUGGGUUUUUUUUACUCUAGUUCUCCAAGUUAUUACGCUCGUCUCUCCAAGUCGUUCUGUCUUUAUCGUACUAAACCUGACUCGCCGGCGAGGGCUGCAGCGCGCCGUCUGGACUCCUCGAAGCCUAGGAGCGUUGGGUUCGGGCUUUGUGCCCAGUUUUCAUCUGGAGUGUUGAUGAAACCAGAGCUUGAUGAGUCAUCUCUCACCAUCUGCCGGCGCUCUUAAACACACCAGAUACGGCUUAGUUUUCUCUUCCCUGCCUACGUGCGUAUCUCAUAAACCUCAGCGAGAGAGAAAGAGCAGCAGUGCGCCGCGGUAAAGGCGACUCCUGAGAAGGAUGCCCAAUGCUAAAGUGUGAAUUAAAUCUUGAGCACCAGACAUGUGGACAGAGGUUCUUGAGGCUAAUGGUGUGACUCAGAGGCCUCGCUGCCAACAUGGAUCAUAAUAGGUGACGAAAGCUGAUGAUGGAGCACGUAACGGCAAGAAGUUUGGGACGGUGGCACUGAGGGAGACUGAACCGAACCGAUCCUCCUCGUGCCACUCCUAGUCAGCAUGUUGCGCUUGCUUUCACUGAAGCUCGCCCGUGUGUACCGGUGCAUCAAGUUCCUUUUCAUUGUGGCCCUGUUUGUCGUCUUGCUCAUGAACACCCACAACUUGCUCGCCUCCUUCCAGAGGAACGAGCUCACCGACCGCCGCUUCAUCGGCCUUAACAAAUGCCCGGCCUGCUUCGGGACCAGCUGGUGUCGCAAGUUCACGAACGGCCAGGUGACCUUCGAGACGUGGGGGCGGCUACGCUUUCUGGACUUCUUUAACGUGAAAAACGUCUACUUUGCUCAAUACGGCGAGCCCAGGGAAGGCACGCGGCGGGUGGUGCUCAAACGCUUGGGCUCCAAUGCAGAACUUGCCGAGAUCGAUCAGAAGAUCUGCAAGAGGGCGACGGGAAGACCUCGCUGCGACCUCGUCCAAUCCAUGUACAAAACAGAGUUCGCUCGGCUCAACGGGGACGUGAGGUUGCUGACACCCGACGUGGUGGAGGGCUGGUCGGACAUGGUGCACUGCCCCUCCCAAAGACUCCUAGAUAGGGUUGUCAGGAGGUAUGCUGAGACCAAAGACUCUGGAAGCUUCCUCUUGAAGAAUCUAAAGGAUACUGAGAGGAUGGAGCUACUGAUGACUCUUGCAUUCAACCCGGAGCCCUUGGUGCUACAGAGCUUCCCCUCUGACGAGGGCUGGCCGUUCGCCAAGUACCUGGGCGCGUGCGGUCGCAUGGUGGCCGUGAACUACGUGGGCGAGGAGCUGUGGAGCUUCUACAACGCUCCCUGGGAGAAGCGUGUGGAUUUGGCCAAGCAGCUGAUGGACAUUGCUGAGCAGCUCACCAACAACGACUUCGACUUCGCUCUCUACCUGCUUGACGUCAGCUUCGACAACUUCGCCGUCGGCCCGCGGGACGGAAAAGUCAUCGUCGUGGACGCGGAGAACGUCAUCGUGGCCGACAAGAGGCUGAUCAAGCAGAACAAGCCGGAGAACUAUGACGUGUGGUACGAGAGCCGCUACGAAGAAUGCGACAAAGAAGCCUGCCUCUCGUUCUCCAAGGACAUCCUGUGCUCACGCGUCACCGUCGACCACAACUACUACGCCAUCUGCCAGAACUUGCUGUCGCGCUUUGCUGCGUGGCGUGGCACCACCGGCGGCCUCCUCCACGACCCGCCCCCCGACGUGGCCCGGGACGGCCAUCUUGCGGCACUACUGGACGAAUGCGCCAGGCCUCAGAAACGCUUCGGCCGCUUCCAGGCAGCCAAGGAACUGCGCGAGUACCUCACACAACUAACCGAACAAGCUAGCGUUAAGAGGUAGUACACGGCGAGAGGCGGAAUUUCUCCGCAUCCCGCUCCCAGGACACCACUGAAACAAACUCAGCCUUGUUAAAGUAAAGCGGCAGUGCUCUGAGACGGUACAUUGUUUUGGGGUUUGUUUGUUUUUUGGAGUUGCUGCCUGCUGAAUGUUGUAGCUUUGACAGAUGCUAAUUAAAGGAGUUUUGCACAUGGGCCUGGCUGAGAGCACUGGGUGAAGAGCUGCAGAAAUGUGUGUGUGUGUGUGAGAGAGAUGUUGCGCCGAUGCUAAUACAGGAGCCUUGUUAGCGGUAAUGGGGGUGUGCGAGGCCCACUUGCUCUGUCUGGCCUCUGAUCAGAAUCCUCUAAUGAGGUUUAUGUUUAAUUUAUCGAGGCUCAUGCAGAGGAACGACCCCAAAGCAGAGGCCCAGGUUCAGCCUCAUUUUUGUUUUUAGCAUUUGUUAGCGUGAGAUGUCUCGUUAUUUCACUUCAGGAGAAAACGUCACGUUGUUUAUUCUUUUUUUUUAUAGUUGAAAUCUUACCCAUCCUCACUAGGACUCAUUAUCAGGGCCCUACGAGUUCUCCGAAACGACGAAACAGCGGCACUAAUCGUGGAAAUACGCCGAAUUCGAUCAUUCCACUCCACGUAUGUGAAAAAUUUUACACGAGUACAAUGUUUUGUCACGUUUUUGAGCAUUUCGUUUCGCAUGACUUAAACGUAACGUUUAAAUGACUAGCACCGGGGAAUAUUUUGGGAAUGGGAUCAGCACCGUUGACUGCAAUUUAACAUCGUCCGAAAGAAUGAAGAAAUUCAAUUGCAAAAUUCAAGGUUAGCUCUGUAACCUACGCGAGCUUUAAAAUAACAUAUCCAAAAAUAUGUAAGAUUUUAAAAUUCCGACGUUUUGUUGAAAAGCUACGCAGAUUUCUUAGGACCCUAGGUUAGGAAAUCUUUGCAAUGUAUGCAAAAGAAGAUACCAAAGAGAUAUAUAUAUAUAUAUAUAUAUAUAUAUUUUUUUUUAAAUUAUAAUAAUUAUUUUUUGGGUCAAGAAAGGAAGCACAGCCUUCUCAAGUCGUUACCAUGUACUCACCCACACCAACGCCGUUCCGAGUUUUACACAUGGCCCGUACCAUUUAAAAAUAUCUAUAUACAUAUAUAUAUACGUUUACGAGGUGAAUUGCACUACAUGUCCGAUCGUCGAUUCAGAACCUUUUCAACGUGGUGUACUGUUGUCAUAUUUUUUGUUCGAAUAUUUGAUUCAUAACUAUCAAUUAGGUGUGUGAUUGAUAUUUUUAUUUAUUUAAUUUUUUUUUAUUUCCCUCUGUUCCUGGUUCACUUCUCUCCAUCGCCUCAUUUCCUUCAAGGCUACUCAGUAAAUGUGGUCUUACUGUGCCUUCAGUCUUUACAACUCGAUAAGAACAUUAAAGCAUAUUAAAGUAAA